AUGGCUGCAGCCCGCUCCCUCUCUAAACUCAGUGAUGUGUCAAAACUGUAUUUUCUUCUCUCAUCCUUCUUAAGGUAUGACCAUGGAGGAGAGUGCAGGAUUAAACCAGGACCCAGAAAAUAUGCCUGUGAGCUCACACUGGACCCAAACACAGCACACAGAAAUCUCUCUCUCUCUGAGGGGAACAGAAAGGUGACAUAUGGGCAGCAGCAGCCGUAUCCUGACCACCCAGAGAGAUUUGACUUCUGGCCUCAGGUGCUGUGUAGAGAGGGUCUGUCUGGACACCACCCCGAGAGAUGUGACAGUCUGGGUCAGAGUCUAGUCAGCACGGGUCAGUCUGGACGCUACUACUGGGAAGCUGAGUGGAGUAAUGGUGGUGAGGUAGCAGUGGCCUAUAAAAGCACCCCGAGGAAAGGGGUCAGCAGCGGGUUUGGACGUAAUGCCAAGUCCUGGACUCUGGAGUGCUCUAGUAACAGUUACUCUGCCCUGCACAAUAAUAAGCAGACUGCCAUACCUGCCCCCUCCUCCAGCUCCAGCAGAGUAGGAGUGUACCUGGACUGGCCAGCAGGCACUCUGUCCUUCUACAGCGUCUCCUCUAACACACUCACCCACCUGCACACGUUCCACUCCACAUUCACUGAGCCCCUCUAUCCUGGGUUUUUGACCUACUCCUCAGUGUCCCUGUGCCAGAUCACAUGACCUCCUAAUCCUGCAGCAUAGGAGAGCCAUGUUCUGAUAUGCUUGAGAGUGAGAGGGAGGGAAGGGGAGUCCUUUCAUUUGAGUAAUAAAUAUGUAAUCUGUGAAUGGGUUAAAAUGUCUCUGGUUUGUGUAUAUAACAAAGGGGAACAGAAUGUAAUUCAUAGGAAAAUUAAAUACAAAUA